AUGUCUGCUCUUGAUAACCUUCAAUUCACUGUUUUCGACGCCAAAAAAUUUCCCAAAAUUGAACACCCUGAGUCGGGUCCUUCACCCUGGUGGAACAAGCUUAACGAGGGACCCUCUUAUAUUAAACCUGAGGAUCGCCAAAAGCCUUUAGUUCCAUCUGGAAAAUUAGAUGAAAAGUAUUCAAAAAAUGCUGUCGACUUGACUCCCCUUUUGGGCACUACCUAUAAUGUUGAGACCCGAAUUACGGAUAUUUUGAAGGAUGAUGACUUGAUCCGCGAUUUGGCAAUCAAAAUUUCCCAACGUGGUGUUGUUGUUUUCAAGAAACAAGAUGAUCUUACUGUUGAGCAGCAAAAGGAGCUGGUUCAAAAGCUUGGUUUGUUGUCUGGCAAGCCUAAGAACAAUGGAUUGCAUAUUCACCCUACAGCUCCUGCUGGUGGUAUUAUUGGAGAAAAUGGUCUUGUUGAUCCUGAUGUUUCUUUUAUUUCUACCAGAAUCAACAAAAACUACAAAUCAUAUGACAGAAGCUAUCCAACUGCCUUUUCGUGGCAUUCUGACAUUACCUUUGAGCCAGCUGGAGCCGACUAUUCUUCCUUAAGACUGGUUGAGCUUCCUCCUACUGGUGGUGAUACCUUUUGGGCAAAUGGUUAUGCCCUAUAUGAAAAAAUUUCUCCUUCUCUCCGGGCCUAUUUAGAUACUCUUACUGGAACGUACUCUCAACCGGAGUUUAAAAACUUUGGAGGACAGAAAAAUUUUGAUUUGUACAGCCAAGAACGUGGCGCACCUGAGAAUGUAGGAGACGAGCUUGUUGCAAUCCACCCCAUUGUGCGCACCAACCCGGUGACUGGCUGGAAGUCUCUUUUUGCAGUGGGCGCACACUUUACCAAGAUAAACGAUCUCACUCCACUUGAGUCCAAGACUCUCAAGGAGUUCAUUUGGAACAUUUUGGUUCAGUCGCAUGACAUUCAAGUCCGCCACAAGUGGGACAAGUACGAUAUCGCUAUUUGGGAUAACCGUUCCACUUAUCAUGCCAUUAACAAAGAUAUCCAUUAUUAUGAUGAUGUUAUUCGCACUGGCAUUCGUACCGUAGGUAUUGCCGAGCGCCCUUAUUUGGAUCCCAAUAGCCUUACACAAACUGAGGCACUUCGGGCAGCAACUGAAAAGGUCUCAUCAGAUAAAUAG